UAUUCUUUUUAUAGCAAAUUGUGUAAUUAAUAGAACAUACAAACACCACAAGUAUGGACAAAUUUUAUGAAGAGGUUGAAGAGCCAGUGAGUCCUCAUGGACAGUAUUUCAACACCUCUGUGAUAUGUUCAUAUAUCUUUGGCUUUCUAGAACUAGCUAUUCCAUCUGAUGUCUCACUAGCAAUACCUUUGAUCAACAAUGUCUUCCUCCCCAUCAAUCCACGUUUCUCCUCUAUUAUGGUAAGACACGAAAAUGGUACGAUGAGAUGGCGAAAAGUUGAAGUGAAGCCUGAAGAGCACAUAAAGAUUCCUAAAUUUCCUGAAACCACAAAUUCAUCACCAAUUGAAUUGUAUGACAGUUGCCUUAGUGACUACGUUACAAGUAUUUUAAUUGAAAGAACGCCAGAAGACAAACCACUUUGGGAAAUUCAUAUUAUAAAUUAUCCAACAACAAAUGCUGCUAGCACCAUAAUAUUCAAACUUCAUCAUUCACUUGGUGAUGGUUACUCUCUCAUGGCUGCUCUUCUUUCUUGUCUUCAAAGAGCUGAUGAUCCUUCCCUUCCUCUCACUUUUCCUUCCAGAUCACAAUUAGAUUCAAAACAUACAAAGAAGGGCUUGUUUAAGAAUCUAUGUUUUGGUGUAAAUGCGUUUUUUAGCUCCAUAUCAGAUUUUGGAUCAAGCAUAAUCAAGACAAGAAUGAUUCCAGAUGACAUAACACCUAUAAGAUCAGGAUAUAAAGGAUUUGAUUCUCGGCCUACUAUCUUGUCAAACAUAUCAUUUUCUCUUGAUCAAAUCAAAGAAAUCAAAUCAAACCUUGGAGUGACUAUAAACGACGUGGUUUGCGGAAUAAUCUUCUAUGGAAUUAGGCUAUACAUGGAAGAGAUGAAUGAGAAGACAAAAAGAGCAAAUUCUACUGCAAUUGUAAUGCUCAACACAAGAAAUAUUAAAGGCUAUCAAUCAUUGAAGGAAAUGCAAAAACCAGAAUCCAAAGGACUUUGGGGAAAUAAAAUAUCAUUCUUACAAAUUCCAAUACCAAAGCCAAACAAAUCAGGAAUUUCCAACCCUCUUGAGUUUGUUUGGAAAGCUCGUAAAAUAAUAAAGAGGAAGAAAAGUUCUUUCAGUGUUCAUCUCAUAGGUUUGCUUAUGGACUUGGAAAUGAAAUUAAGAGGGCCAGAGGCAGUAUCUAAAAUAAUUUUUGAUACUUUGGGGAACACAAGUGUUGUUAUCUCAAACAUAGUAGGGCCAGUGGAGAAAAUGACUUUGGCAAAUCAUCCGGUAAAUGGAUUGUAUUUCAACAUGACUGGUGGACCUCAGGAUAUAAACAUUGCAAUUAUGAGUUAUGUGAAAGUAUUAAGAGUGAGCAUGAAAACUCUAAAGGGAUUUAUAGAUGAACAGAAACUAAAGUUUUGCAUGGAGAAAGCAUUUGAAGUCAUAUUUAAAGCAUCUAUGAAGAUCUCUGAGAUAUCCACCAAAGAUUACCUGGCACAUACAAAGGAUUGUUUCAAGAACUAAGCUCAGAGCAAAUAAAAUUAUAUUAUAUAAGUGAUUUAUUACAAAUAUUUUGAUAAAUGUAUCAAUGUAUAAGUGACUCGAGAAUUUUGUCUUACUUUUGAGUCAAUAAUAAUAAGAGUGUCUUUGUCUUUAGGUUGAGAUUGAUGUUUGCUUUAAGUGAUCUUUGAUGGGGAAGAUUUAACUUGCUUCUUGUAUUUUGUGUUACUGAUCCGUUGAUGUUUGCGAUCUUUACUAUUUUUUUAUUAUAGUCAUUGGUUUCUUUUGUUUGUUAUA